AUGGAGGGCGUGUCUAACCAAGGUCAGAAUCCUCGUGUUGAUUUGAGAACCAACAACGAGAAACUUUUAGAGCUCGAAGAUAUAGUUUCUCGGUAUAGUAAAGGAUCUACAAAAAAAAAACUUAAGGAGGAGAUACUUGGUAGACGAUCUGACGAGAGGGGUGAAGAACUCGAAUCAGAUGAAAGUCAAUUCAAAAAGGAAAUCAAGGAUAGGCUACAAGGUGUACCCUCACCAAUUUCGAACCCGACCGGAGAGGAUAAAUCGAGUCAUCUACGUGGGAGGCCGAGAAGGCCGACUAUCCCAAUCCAGCUAAAUAGAAGUGUGCCGCAGACCAACCAGGCCAUAGGGUACAACCCACCGGCAUAUAACCGGGGCGAGUAUGAACAAGAUUUUCUAUCCUUAAUCUCUAGUAUGAAUUGGGACCCCAAUGACUUCCCCAUAUACCAGAGACGGUUCAAAACUAAAGAGCAGCGGAGAUUAGAGGAGCUACGAGACGCACAAGGGCAGAUAACGAACCCUGGGCCUGGUAAUCAACCGCGGGGAUCUCUAUUUAGCAAUAAUAGUCCAAUCGGUGGCGGUACACAGGAACAAGGGGUACCUGAUAUUGAUUUCGACGCACUAAUGAAGCUUUUGAGGCAAGAGGACCAAGAUAAUCUACAGAAAUGA